AUGAUUUUCAUAGAGACACUUGUAGAAGGAAACAUUUCAGUUAAAGCGUUAAUUGAUAUAACAUCUAAAUCCAAUACUAUUAGCAAGAGCUUAUUCGAUAAGCUUAAAGAAGAUUAUGAGUUGGAAUGUUUAUCUGGCAAUGAAUUAAUCGGUAAAGAAAUAAAAGGCUUAGAUUUGCAAUUUCGUUAUAAAGCAAAAAUAAGCUUUAAAUUUUCUCCUGGAACAUAUGAACAAUAUGGUAUUAUUACAGACCCGAAGAAUCAUUGCUUUGUAAUAAUAGAUGGUAUGAGUAUCCCAUUAAUCGAAGAAGGUAGCAGUCUCACAGGUGAUUCUCUGAGUCAUAAAACCAGCUCCACUAAAAAUAACUUAUCUAAAUUAACAGAAUCUAAACCUGGUCUAACCCAAGAGGAGGUUGUAAAUAUAAUUAAUAAAAUUCUCUCAGGUGCUCAAAAUAUUAAACACCAAAAGAGCCAUCGCAGAAUAUUUCACAAUAUACCUCCCGCACCUCCAACAUCCAGAAGAUUAAAUGAUAAUGUACUCAAAAAUAGCAGAGCUAGCAAGAAUAAGAAAUAUUCUAAAGUAGAUUUAGACGAUGGGUGUGGAAAGCUUUCAUUAAAAAUGUACCUUAAUAAUAUUCGGAAAUCAGUUUAUUCUAUAGAAAAUAAUAUAGAGUAUGGAGUUUUUGAUAAACUUCGUAUUAUUAAAUAUGAACUAAGUUGUAUAAAUAAAAGUAAGCUAUCAUGGGUAAAGUCAGAUUCUUCAGAUACUUCAGACUCAAGUGAUUCUUCUUCAUCUAGAUUGCGAUCAGAAGUUAUAGAUACAUAUAUGACAACACCCAUUAAGAAACGUCCUACUAAACGAAAAAUUUGCAAA